CGAUCAUGUCCGGAUCUUGCGCUUAUCAGUGAUAGAAAAGAGCGGAAUGGGACGAUACGCACUAGAAAGCCAGCUGAAAGCAUAAAGGUGUACUAUCGAUAAAAAACAGCGAUAGGAAGACGGUGUGACCGGUACGUACCUGCGGUGAGUACGAGUUAAAGGUGAGGCAGCAAAAAAUGGUCGCGCGUGACAGCGGAAAAGCCGGCCCGGUCGUUAGACUAUCAUGUGAUACACUACCUCAUCGUCGAAUGUUUGCUGCCGUUGCCCACCAUCAUCAUCCGCCUUCCGAUGCGAACGCAAACAGGUAAAUGGCGAAUUUCAACUGGAUGCCCAAUGAGAUCCUGGAGCUAAUAUUCGAAAAUCUGGACUUCCGUACGCGCCGUAACCUGACACUCGUUUGUCGCCGCUGGAACGAUGUGCUCCUGUCCAAACGGUUCCUGGGGCGUCAUGCGCUGUUGGCGGUCGAUGGGAACCGUCCGAUCGAUCCGAAGCAACCGGUGCCGCGGCGAUGCUAUCCGAACGUGAGGCUACGUUUCGACACACCGCCGCAGGGCAAUUAUAGUGAGCAGCAACAGCUGAAAGCGUUACGCACUGUCCUCUCGACAUGUGUUCCGGCACCCAUCUACUGUCGGCUCCAUACCCAAACGAACGGAAAUACUCGCUGGAGCACACCAUUUACCGAACAGUUGCUGAAUUAUGGCACGUUGAAAACAUUCCACGUGCUAGGGAGCUGUAAAACCGAUCACCGUGCAUUGCCAAUCGCAUUACGUAUGGAUGAGCUGCGUACGCUGAAAGUGGAGGUAACGGAUGUGGAUGGUUUAUAUCUGCUGGUGGCUCCCAAACUUACCGAGCUGCAUUUGUGGGCCAGGUCGGAGCAGCAUCUGAAACUGGUGCGGCAGUACUGCGCCCAACUGCUGACGCUCCGUGUCUACUUCGAUGCGAAGGAAAGCUUCUGUUUCUACAGUCUCGAUCUCAGCAACCUGCGAUCGCUGGCUAUCGACCGUCGGCUGAAGGGGAUGACCAAGAGCGAACAGAACGUCAGCAUUGCCUUCUUCCGGAGGCUCGUCCACCUGCAAACGCUCGAGCUGACCGUAAAGUUCAUCGAUAGCUACGUACUGCACACGAUGUGUGCGAAGCUCACGCAACUGAAGCAGCUAUCGCUGCAAGUGUCCGAGGGUACGGUUGAGCUGGUGCACAUAGCCAAACUGGUCGGUCUACAGCGAUUGCGGGUGGUGGCGCCGAGGGUUAAUCUGCAAAAUGUUGCGCUGCCAGCGUUGUGCACUCUGGAACUUGGUUCCGCCGAGCUCGGCGCCGGUACGUACCUCGAGGGAAUCGAUUGUUUAAUGGCCUUCACACGUUUGCGGUCUCUUACGCUAAGGAAUGUUAAGAUCUACCCCGAAGUGCUGCAGCUCACACCGACCUAUGCCGUAGAACGGAUGGUGUUCUCCGAUUAUCGCAGGCUAGAAGAGACACAUCUUCUGAUCUUGGUGAAACGAUUUCCUGCCCUACGUUGGCUGUGGAUCAACCGUUGCCAUGGGCUGUAUCAUCGGGAGAUCUAUAAACUGAAACGAAUGCAACCGAAGCUGCGCGUUGCGUUCGAUGAGGCAAGAAGUGAUCGUCUUUAAGACCCAACGGAGCAGUAAACGGGGUGUUAGGGGAGCGCCUAGCGC